GUCGGCCGCGCCCGGCGGAGCUGUCCAGGGCCCUGGGUGCUGAGCGGCACCGCGCCGGCUCGUGCAGCCGGGCGGGGCCGGCGCCUCCCCGCGCCGCGCUCGCGGGUGCCGGCGGGGGGAGUCGCUCCCGCCACAGCCGCUCCCCGCCUGCGCGCCGCUGCCGCCGCCGCCUGGGGCCAUGGCGGCGCUGGUUCUGGUGCUGUUGGCGACGCUGGGCGGGCGGGCCGUGCUGCCGGGCGGGCGGUGCGCAGCGCCUCUGGCCGACCUGCGCUCUCAGAUCUCGGGCGUGGAGUCGCUGCUGGAGGAGUUUCGCCGGCAGCUGCAGCAGGAGGAGCCGGGACCGCCGGCGGUGGCGGCAACGGAAGGCGCCUGGGAGCGCUGCGGUGGUAGCAGCAGCUUCUCCGCCAGGCCUGACUCUAUCAUCCGCACCAAGGACUCCAUCGCGGCAGGUGCCACCUUCCUGCGGGCCCCCGCCGCUGUGGCGGGCUGGCGGCAGUGCCUGGACGCCUGCUGCGCCGAGCCGAGCUGCACGCUGGCCGUGGUGCAGGGGCCUGGCCGGCAGCGGGGAGCGGCUGAGCUGGGUUGCUAUCUCUUCAACUGUACGCAUCGCGGCCGUCCCGUCUGCCGCUUCGCCCCGCAUCGCGGAUACAGCACAUACAGCCUCCGGCCUGCCGGUCUCUCCCCGCCGCCCGCCGCGCUGCCGGAAGAAGAAAAUGACAAGCCUCCGCAGUGCAAGGCAGGACAAGAUAUUGUGCUGCAGUCCCCUGUCGACUGGGUGCUUUUGGAUGGCCGAGAAAGUUCAGAUGACCAUGGAAUUGUGCAGUACGAGUGGACGCUGCUGCAAGGUGACUCAUCGGUUGAUAUGAAGGUACCACAGCCAGGAACACUGAAACUGUCUCACAUUCAAGAAGGCAGGUAUAUUUUCCAGCUGACUGUGACAGACACUGCAGGUCAGCGAAGCUCUGACAACAUCUCUGUGACCAUUCUGCCCAUGGUUCACUCUGCAGUAGCCUGUGUCGGGGUCUGCUCUCGCUACCAGUUCAUCUGCGAUGAUGGCUGCUGCAUUGACAUCACGUUUGCUUGUGAUGGCGUGAGGCAGUGUCCUGAUGGAUCAGAUGAAACUUUCUGCCAGAACUUCAGCCCAGGUCGGAAGACAGUGACACAUGCAGCUCCUGGCAGUACCCAGCAAAGGACAGUAGGACUGACUGAAGACAGAGAUGAAAACUCCUCUGCAGAAAACACCCUGAAAGCCACUGCCAGGAAUCAGCCACUUCUCUCAGUGGAUGAAGACAUGUCUAACCAAUCGUUUUCUCAGGGACCAAAGAAACAAAUCACUGGUUUUGUGCCAGAUAACAGUUCCUCAGGGAAAAGAACCGAUGAUAAAAAUGGGGAUGGCAUAAUUGUGCCAAAGAGAAAUCAGCUUGGAGGUGGUCAUCCAGUCCCAGAAACAGGUGCUGUGUUACCCUUAGCCUUAGGCUUGGCCAUCACUGCUUUACUGCUGCUUAUGGUUGCCUGCAGACUGCGUUUAGUGAGACAGAAGCUUAAAAAAGCUCGACCCAUUACAUCUGAAGAGUCUGAUUACCUCAUCAAUGGGAUGUAUCUCUAACAAUUGGAUUUAUGUCACUUGUUUUCUUCUCUUCUGUGUCCAUGAACCUCUGCUUCCAUAAAAGGACCAAAACCUUUAGUUAAAUUUCAAGUGUAGAAGCAGCCUACAAGAUGAGGAGCAGGUUCUUCCCCUUUAGUGAAUAAAAUAAAAAAGUGGGUAGAUGCCCAUGCUCAGAAAACAGGAAAUGUUCAGGCUCCAGAAAGUAGCACCAGGUGGCUGUGCUGCAGAAGACACAGCAAGGUGGGGACACCCCAAACUGGAUGCAGGGUGCCUUUGCCCUGGAUGCAGCAGUCAUGGUGCUAGCCAUGACAGAGCAUGCCCCAGGGCCAGGGCACCACAACAGCCAAGGCCCAGCAGCCCCAGCUGUGCUGGCCAAGGUAUGGUGGGGAGCCUGUGCCACCCUGCUCUUCUCAGUGCUGCCAGCUGAGUGCUGUGUUCUGGGGAUGGAGGUGCUCCAGAGCAAAACGUUACUGCACCAUCCAGCAGAGACAGAUUUGUGUACUUUCCACCUGAUGCCCUGAGAGUAUUUUCAUUAAGGAAUUUGUCUUGCUUUGUUCAUUAAAAGCAACUGCUAUCUAAGCACCAGCUUUUGUAACGGAAUUUGAGAUUCAAGGAACAAAGCAUCCUUUCUUUUCAUUUGCAGUUUAAACCCUUGUGCAGCAAACAGUCAUGCUUACUAAAUGCCAAAAUGAAAACAAUCCAAGUCCUCAGCAGAUGAGAUUGGACUUAGCAGUGCUCAACAGCAGUCACAUGUGAUCCCAGAGCUAUGUGUCUCCCCAGAGCUCAGGGUUUGUUCAGCCUUUUCCUUCCCUUGCUUGACACCCUCUGCGGUGUGAGAGCGGCACACAGCAGCUUUUACCUGAGACGCCAGAGUGUAGGAUUCCUCAUGGUUAUCCCAUAGCUCCCUGCAAAGCUCAAAAGCUUCAGUAACCUGCCCUCACUCCAGUAAAAUUCUCAUAGAAUUAGAGCAAGCAAUUGCUAUGUGCGAGUGAACUUCAUCUGUGUUAAGUCAAAUGUGUACAGUGCGUGUUCUGUAUACACACCUCCCCUGCUGUCGAUCUUGUUUGGCCAUCCGACAAUGUCACAUCCCUCGCCGGUCCCAAUAAAACGAGAGGCAAAUGAGGCACGCGUCUUUUGUAUGUCGUCUUUUGUACCGCAGUAACUUCCAGUCGGCCAGAGUAUUGCCAUGCUAUACAGAUAGUUCGAGUUGCUGGGUCUUGAUUACUUUAUGUAACAUAGCUCCAAUAAAGCUAUU